AUGUUUUUGAUUCAUGUUGUUACUACUCAAGAUAUCACCUCCAAAGAUCAAUGCUCAGUAAUUGUUCGUUAUGUGAAGGAAUGCAUCAAGGAGAAGCUACUUGCAGUUGUUGAAUGUAAAUCUUCAACGGGACAAAAUCUAUUUAAAUUGGUAUUGGAAGUCUUAAAAUCAUGCAAACUUGAUAUCACAAAAUGCAUUGGCAGUUCAAUGGAUGGAGCGGCAAAUAUGCCAGGUCAAUAUAAUGGUUUCUCUUCAUGGAUGUCACCUGAAUCACCAGGGCAAGAUCACAUCUGGUGCUAUGCACACAUUCUGAAUUUGGUACUUGCAGAUACUACGAAAGUAGUGGUUGCAAGUGCAUCACUAUUUAGUUUGUUGUAUGACAUUGCAGUGUUUAUUCAUGAUUCUUACAAGCGUAUGAAUAACUGGGAAGAAGUUAGUCAAGACCAUCACCAUUGGAGAAUUUCAGUAAUUGGAGAAACUCGCUGGUGGUCAAAAGAUGCUGCGAUAAGAAAAGUGUUUGGGGAAUUUUCAAAUUCCGAUUCUGCGGAAGAUGUAGUUGUUUGUGAUGCUAUUUCAGCAUACAAGAUAAAUGUUCACAACGUCAUAUUGGAUAUGGUCACAGAGAGUAUAAGUCGACGCUUUCUCGCCUGUGGAACCCUCUUUGCUGACUUGGCAUGCUCAGAGCCAAACAACUUUCAUGAAAUAAAAAAAUGUGGACUUCAAGAAUUUAGCCUACUGUUAGUUAAAUUUGAUGAGGGAGCAACAUCAGAAAAUUUGCAUUCCCAACUGGCAAAUUUUGCAUUGCGUUGGGAGACAUCACACCUAGAAGAAUAUAGGACUAUAGAAGAUAUACAUAUAGAAGACCAGGAAAGUAAUUUAGCAGAUACAGAAUUGGUGAACAAGUCUUGCAAGGCAUGUAAGAACUGCUAUUUGGUGCUAUCAGAUUCUACAACGCUAGAAAUUAUUGACUGA